AUGACUGAUGGAAAUACUACUCUGGUGAAUGAGUUCAUCCUCACAGAACUUACAGAUCGUCCAGAGCUGCAGAAACCCCUGUUCUUGGUGUUCCUGGAGGUCUACCUUGUCACCAUGGUGGGAAACCUUGGACUGAUGGCUCUCAUCUGUAAGGAUCCCCACCUUCACACCCCCAUGUACUCCUUCCUGGGCUGCUUAGCCUUUGCAGAUGCCUGCACUUCUUCCUCUGUGACUCCCACAAUGCUUAUCAACUUUUUAUCAGAGAAUCAUGAAAUAUCCUUUUCUGGCUGCAUUGCUCAAUUUUAUGUUUUUGGUUGCUGUGCAACAACAGAAUGUUUCCUCCUGGUUGUGAUGGCUUAUGACCGCUAUGUAGCAAUAUGUAACCCUUUGCUUUAUUCUGUGGUAAUGUCCAACAGAUUAUGUGCUUGGCUGAUAAGUGGAUCAUUUGUAAUUGGUUUCAUUCAUUCAGCCAUUCAUGUGGGUUUACUAGUAAGAUUAUCUUUCUGUAGGUCCAAUAUCGUACAAUAUUUCUACUGUGAAAUUUUACAAUUGUUCAAAAUUUCUUGCAGUGACCCAACUAUUAAUAUACUCCUGGUGGUUGUUUUUUCAGCUUUUAUACAAGUCUCCACUUUUAUGAUGAUUCUCAUCUCUUACUCGUGUGUCCUCUCAGCCAUCCUGAAGAAGAAAUCUGAGAAGGGCAGAAGUAAAGCCCUGUCCACGUGCAGUGCCCACCUGCUCUCUGUCUUUUUGUUCUAUGGCACUCUCUUCCUCAUGUACGUGCAUCCUGGGUCAGUACCCACUGAAGAGCAGAACAAAAUGUAUUCUGUAUUCUACACAAUAGUUAUUCCCCUGUUGAACCCUUUUAUUUAUAGCCUGAGGAAUAAAGAGGUCAUAGGCGCCUUGAGAAAAAUAAUGAAGAAAUAA